UCAGGCACUGAAGUGCUUGAGUUUAGGCAUAAUUGGUUUGUAUUUUGUCCCAAGAGUUUUCUAGUAUUACUGUCAUCUGGCACGAUUGGUAAUCAGAUACAAGCGCUGCACAUUACGCCCAGCAAUCUUCACAAGUUAACCAAGUUUGAAAUCGAACACAGUGGUACCGAAGCCAGGAAAGUUAGCUGUUUCCGAGAGAGACGUGGCAUUGGCUGUGUUGUACGGAACGCCUUGUAUAAUUUUGUUGCGGCAUCAACCAGGAGUCAAUCGCUCAUGGGAACUGCAUUUGUAUAUGUCUAUACUAUACACAAGUGGGUUUGCUCGAUAUUCUAGAUACAGUGGCCAACAUUGCUCUUUCUUUCUUUGCAUAAUGUCGUAUCCAUGUUCUCU